GCUGUCAAUCCAGCCAUAUGGAAAGCCCGAGCCGCCGAGAAGAGAAUGGUCUGCCAUACAACCACUCGGGGUUGUGCCCCACCCACAGCGGAACACUUUUGGAUCCGUUGAUGGCAAUGCCCCUGUUUCGUAUCAAAAUAGAGUCGCCCGAGGCGUUCUCUACCAUCUGUAUCGCCGAUAUCGAGGAUGACCAUAACCGGCAGCAGAGCAAGCUUUGAAGCACCGUGACCUGAAGCUUGGCGCGGGGUCAGCACCCUCAAACUCUCCGACAUGUGGCUCGUGCUUUAGGCAUCGCCGCCUCGACCACCUCGACACUGUCUGCAUCUUAUCUGCAUCCUCCAUACAUUCUCUCAUUUUCGACAUUUUUCUACCCAACAUCCCUUCCAGAAUCAUGGAAUCAGGACAGCAGCUUGCAGAAUCCAUGGAUUCCAAGACCAGUCCAGGGGCGCCCAAGGUACCCCAACGCUUCCCCUCAGCUUGCGGGCUCAGCCUUUGCAGACCACAUCCCCCAAAAGAACCACGUCGCGCUCGGGACUCCUCAUCACGAAGCAUCGGCUCUCGCCUAGCCAAAGUGUUUGGCUUGAGACGGCGGAUCCAACUACAGCCACAGUCAGCCUUCCUCAGCCUGCCGCUGGAGAUCAGGCACCAGAUCUACCUAUAUGCCUUCGCUUCCUCCAUGAUUCACGAACCCGAAAAAACGCCGCUCUCCACUUGGGAUCACCUCCUCCUGAGCUGCCGCCAGGUCAAGAUGGAAAUGGGGUCAGCUCCCGCGCAGCCAAUCAUCUCGCUCGUCGUAGGCCAUUGGAAGCAAACAUUCCCCAAUCAUCCGCUCCAGGUCUCAGCUACCGUAAAAGACGGAGUCGUCCGAGAACUAGCCAUUGGCGUCCCUCGCGCUGUCCUGCAGCCCGCAUACCAGCAUUUAGUGGCGAGCUAUAUCCCGGACUACAUCUCUCCGCUGUUCAGGAUCUACACGGACACGCUCACGCUCAAGAUCCAUGACGACGGAAGCCCGCUAGUCGACACCACAAGAGUGCCCGUCCCAUACCACAUGUUCGGCCAGAUUCUUUCAAUAGUAUGGGCGAGGGAGAGAACGCUAUCGAGCUGGGGCAGAAAGAUCUUCAAGAAUCCGCUGCCCCCACCGCCGUCUCGGCAUUACUACAAUGCGAAGAAAAUUGUCGUCAAUUGGCAGGGCUCGCUGGCCGGUAUGCAGUCGAGACACAUCAGUCUCCUGCUCUGCAUGUAUCUAGAGUGGGCUUUGUCGAAGCCGGUGAGGAGGGUUAUUCACCUGAGGCAUCGCCGGUUCGUUCUAAAUUGGGUGGAUAAGUCGCAUUUCUGCAUAGAGGGUGUAAGUUGGGAGAGCAAGACGAGGUUCCGGAGGUGAAAGAAAUUUAAUUCUAGCCGAGCGAUGAAAUGCAAACUCCGCGG